GAAAGCCGGUCUGCGUCCUUUUUCCGUGGCGACCUUAGGGAUGAGUUGAUGCUUUAAGGCUUGUCAUGGCCCAGCGGGCAGUGUGGCUCAUAAGCCACGAGCCGGGAACUCCACUUUGUGGCACCGUCAGAUUCUCCAGACGGUAUCCAACUGUUGAAAAACGAGCCAGAGUCUUCAACGGAACAAGUUAUGUGCCUAUUCCUGAAGAUGGUCCCUUUCUUAAAGCACUGCUUUUUGAACUUAGAUUAUUGGAUGAUGAUAAGGAUUUUGUAGAAAGUCGUGAUAGCUGUUCACACAUCAAUAAAACAUCUGUCUAUGGACUCCUAGUAGGAGGUGGAGAACUCUGGCCAGUUGUUGCUUUUCUGAAGAAUAACAUGAUAUAUGCUUGUGUUCCACUAGUUGAACAAACUUUAUCCCCUCGUCCACCAUUAAUUAGCAUUAGUGGAAUUUCACAAAGCUUUGAACUUCUUUUUGGGAUACAGGAUUUUCUUCACUUGGGUCAAAAAAAUGACACUGAGUUAAACACAAAAUUGAACCAACUGCCUGAUUUGCUUCUACAAGCUUGUCCAUUUGGAACUUUGUUAGAUGCCAACUUACAGAAUUCACUGGAUAGUAUUAAUUUUGCUUCUGUGACACAUCCACAAAAACAGCCAGCCUGGAAAGUUGGAACAUACAAAGGAAAACCACAAGUUUCUAUUUCUAUCACUGAAAAGGUAAAAUCCAUGCAAUAUGAUAAACAGGAUAUAGCAGAUACAUGGCAGGUUGUUGGAGCUGUCACUUGCAAGUGUGAUUUAGAAGGAAUCAUGCCAAAUGUUACCAUCAGCUUGAGUCUCCCCACCAAUGGGUCUCCACUUCAGGAUAUUCUAGUUCAUCCUUGUGUAACUUCUCUUGACUCUGCUAUUCUGACUUCUAGUAGCAUUGAUGCAAUGGAUGAUUCUGCAUUUAGUGGACCUUACAAAUUUCCAUUCACUCCUCCUUUAGAGUCAUUCAACUUAUGCUACUAUACUUCGCAGGUCCCAGUCCCACCAAUUUUGGGUUUUUAUCAAAUGAAAGAGGAAGAAAUACAAGUAAAAAUAACAGUUAACUUAAAACUUCAUGAAAGUGUGAAAAAUAAUUUUGAAUUCUGUGAAGCUCGUAUACCUUUUUAUAAUAGAGGUCCAAUCACACAUGUGGAAUACAAAGUUAGUUUUGGCCAGCUUGAAGUAUUUCGAGAGAAAAGCUUAUUGAUCUGGAUUAUUGGACAGAAGUUCCCCAAAUCAAUGGAAAUUAGUCUUUCUGGAACUGUCACUUUUGGAGCCAAGAGUCAUGAGAAGCAGCCAUUUGAUGAGAUUUGCAUUGGAGGUACAGCAUAUUUAAAGCUUCAUUUUAAGAUCUUAGAUUAUACACUCACUGGUUGUUAUGCGGAUCAGCAUUCAGUUCAAGUUUUUGCAUCAGGAAAACCAAAAAUAAAUACACACCGGAAACUCAUUUCUUCUGACUAUUACAUCUGGAAUUCUAAAGCUCCUGCGCCAAUAACAUAUGGAUCAUUAUUACUUUCCUUGUCAAGUUGGACUUUGUGGCCAUUCAAGAAAAGAUGAAAUCUCAAGAUCCUCAAAAGUUAAUUUAUGUCAAGUUUCUUUUUAUGGAACAGAAUUAGAAGUGUUAUAAAAAAUAUGCAUUAUAGAUUAAUAUUCAAUUAAAUUAUCUCGGUUUCUAUUUUUUUAAUCAGUCUCCUAAGGAAAAGCUUAGAAAAAUCUUCUAACUCCUUGAAAGAGAGCUAUGAUAGUUUGAAGGGAGAAUGCAUAUAAAUUUAGGAUUUGAAAUAUGGCUUUUUAAUUAAGGUCAAUCUCACUCAUUAUAAAUUCUCAUUUUCUGUAAGGCAUUAUCAUGGCAGAAUGCUGUUUGUUCAAAAUUAUCCCAAGUAACAAAGAAAAUAGAAUAACUGCCUGACCAGGACUUUAACUUAUUAUUCUGGCUUAAUCAUAGAUAAUCAGUAGUUAAAAUUUUCCUUUUGGAAGAGGAAAAAAAAAACAUUUCACUUAAGAUAUUUGAUCUAUCUUAAACUCAAGGAAAGCUUAACAUUUAACUUAUGUUAAUAUUAAUGGAGCCAUUUGGACAUCUUGAUUGUAUAAAUGUUGAGUAAAGUACACUAAGAUAGGCAAGAGUCAUUUAUCUAGUAAGUACACAGAUAUUCAGUAUAAUAAUCCCCUAGGGAAAACUUUCUAAGCAAUCAGAAAAACCAGUGAAUCUUUGAUUUGACAUUUCUAGAAGCCUGAGGAAAAUCUAGGGAAUACUGGACAAGUGUAGGGCAAAGGGGAACCUGAUGCCAUCUGUUGCCAUUCCAUUCUAACAUAACGCUACAGAACUAAAACCAACUCAUGUUUUCAUCCUGUUGAGAUCAGCUGGGCACACUGUGAUGCUUUUGAUUUUGUCUAGAAACCUGUCACUUCAGGAUAAUUUCUGAAGACAAAGUCUGUUUCCCGUUUGGUAGGUGACCUGUUUAAUGUUUUCCCUGUGUCUGGGAACUCCUUAGUGUAAUUAGCGACCUUUGAACUCCACAACUAAUCCUGAGCUAUUUUGUAUUCCUUACUCAUCUUUAAGGCUGGACCUUUCUUUUCUUCAGAGUCCGCUGCCACAAUUAAAGAAGAAACAGCUGCAUUUCAAAGGGAUUCCGAUUCCAGAAGCUUAAUCGUGAUUGACAUGUUCUUAUUCUAAGCUAUAAGACACUCUAAGAGUCCUUUCUUGGGUUAAAACUUCAAUCAUUUUCUAAAAAAUUAUCUCACUAUGGAUUUUAUUCAUUUUCUUUGAUAACUAUUCUUUGCAUUUUUUAACUUGAAAGAUGCUUUGCAUUUGUGGUGAAUAUGAGCAUCUACUUCCAGUGAAAGAUUUGGAUGGUGUCAGACAUACUCUAGAUGCAAAAUUGCUAAAUUCCCUUUUAGUGCCAAAAUAUGAUUAUGAAAUCUGAUGUCUAUCAUAAGGGUAAUUAUUCUUCAGUAGACCCAAAAGGUACAAAAAGUGUUAAAUUUCUGAAAAUGUACUCUGAAGAAAGUGGUUCAUGAUUUUCGUAAAACCCUUCUUCAUUUUUUACUGAACAAUAUUUUUAAAACUUUAUAAAGCCGGCAAUACUCUUAUAGUGUAAGAUAAUUAAUACCCUGACAGUGGUGGGCACUUUUUAUUUUUCCUUUUUAAAUUAUCCAUUCUAAUGUCAGGUUUGAAGUAAAUAGCCUUAUCAGGAAUUCUUAAGAGAAUUAUUUGUGUAAAAAGUUUUUUUUUUUAUUAAACAGUAGUCUGUCUCAUGAACUUUAUUUUUUUCACACCAACUCAGUAUUUCUGAGUUAAAAUUAUUGUGGUUUUUAUACAUUGUAUGAUUUAAGGUCUUUCAAAGCACAAUUUUAUACACAGUAACAACUAAUAUUUUUCUUUUAUUUUUUUAUUAUAGUAUUUCACACUGCUUUAGAGACAUUCAUAGACUCCUGUACCACCCCUGAGAGGUAGGUAGGUCAAGUUAUCAUCCAGAGCCUCUGCGGGGACUGCUGCCAUAGCAGAACGGUUGUUUCUAAGACAAAGGUCAGAAAAGGGAUGUUAAUAAACAGUCCUCAGGUUUAAGGGACUUUUUUAGGAUUACAUCUUAAAUUCCAACAAAUCAGAUUUAGGAGUUACUGAAAGUGAAAUUGAUCCAUCCCUCAUCCAAACUUUGCAAUACUUUCCUGUUCUGACAUCAUUUAGAUAGUUAGCUGUAUUAUCAGAUUAGAAACCAUUGUACCCGGCUGCUGAAAGGAAAAGGAGGCAAAAAGCUAAACAUGGGAUGAAUUCUGAACCUUUUAACCUGGCUGAAGUACGUUGGUCCCUGUUAUGCAAAUACCUUCAAUCCUCUGCUAAGUUCAGUGGAAAUAAUUUUCUUGAAUGACAGGUUUAUUCAGCAAGGAUUCAGUUGGUGAUUAAUCCCCCUUUGAUCUAGGGUAUUUCACUUAACUACCAGUUACCUCGUUCUGACAAAGUGCAACUGAGAUUAGGGAGAUCACUAGAACACUACCAGGGUGUGCGUUUAUUCUCUCUAACCUUUUAAAGCAGGGGCCAAGAAUGCAAUUUAUUUUCAGUAUUUGAAGAUGUAAAGUCCUGUCUGCUAAGUUAGAAAGUCAAUUGAAUACCAAAUGAAGUUUAUUUCUUACGUAAUAGAACAAACAUUUCUUUUUGCUUUGACUAACAAUGCUUUUAGGAAAUACAGACUUUGAAGAAAGAAGAAACAGAGACUACAUUCUAAGUAUAUCUUCUAGUUUUGUUUCAUGUACUAGAGUGUAUACUUAUUGGCCCUGAGAUAAACCAAAAAUCAAAGCAGUGGCUACAACUUAGAUUGAGAAAAUGCUUCUAUUUUAUUAAGCUGCAUGGUUUCUCCCCGCCCUCCCCCCAUUAAAAAAUGUCAUGCUAUGUGGUAAAGAAAUCCAAUGGGGAAAACAUAUUGUAGUACACAAUUAUUCACCUUAAGACUUGCAGUUUCAAAGCUUUAUUUGUUAACUUUGUCCUUCCUUGAGGAAAAAGGGCUUGUUAUAUUGCCACCAUAAGAAUAAUCACAUUCUUUUUCAGAAUGAUGGGGGUUUUUUCCAUAAAGGUAAAUGAUGCCAUUACAAAAAUAAUCCAAAUUAUUUUAAAUUAUCAAAAUAACUACUUUCCACUGUAUUGUUUACUAUUUCUUCUGCCUUUUUCUCAUUUAAUUGGGUACCUCUUCUUCCAUAACUGUAAGAUUUAAGAUACUUUAUGGAAUUUUGCACAAUAUUUUAAGAAUAAAUGUUUUAUGCUAGGCUUCUUAAAGAAUUUGCUUUUAAAAACUAUUAGCAACAUCAGUGUCAAUAUUCAUCUUCCAAGAUAUCAAAUUUGGAGAUUUAUUCCUUUAGUAUAUUUCAAGACUGGCUCUUAAAAGAAGAAACAAUGAUUUGUAACAAAAAUAGUUUUAAAAUAUUAAAUUAUUAUUGAUUAAUUUUAUUAUUACUGAGAAAGCUUUUUUUUAAUGCUUUAUAAUUGUUCAUUAUUCUAUUAAGAGUUUAGAAUACAAGUUACAUAUUUAGAUAACUUUCCCACAUAUUUUUUUGUCUCAAACAUUCUGUGAUCCAAUUUCUAAAUUCAAACAAUGACUUGUACACAUCUAAUUCAUGUUGGUGCCAAACCAGUCUCUCUAGUUUCAAUUUAGUAACGAAUCUGUUUCUAAAUAUCUUCUGAUAGCAAGUUACUUAACCAAAGCAAAAUUGAUGUGCUCGCUGGGGCAGCACAUACACCAAAGCAAAAUUGAGAAGCAGAAAAAGAUUUAAGUUAGAAGGGCAGGAUCCCCUGGCUAUAUUGCUAAGAAACUAGUAUUUUUAAUAAUUAACUACUCUUUGCAGUCAAUAUUUAGUUAAUAAAUGUUGCAAUAUAUUUUGAAGUAUGCCAUCAGAGAAAGAAUCUAGAUUUAAACAUAUGUGUACAUGUAUGUAUGUAUAUUUGUGUAAUAUAUAUGUUGGUGUAUCUGACUUGGCGGCUUGCCCUAAGAAAUGUUUGUGUAUCUGUCAAAGGAAGAAUAUUUAAAGUCAAAUAAUCUUCUCUCCAAACAUGUUUGUUAAUAGUAAUGGAGAGGUUCAUUAAAAUGAAAAUUAACAGAGAACUCAUGCAAUUACUCUCAAAAAUGGUUACAACUCUUAGGAGCUGAAGCCUCUUCAACUAGCUUCUAAUUUUUUUCAUCAACUGUUUUAUGGAGAUGAUAUUAUUGUCUGUAUAUAGCCUAGAGCAGUCAGUGCCUUAUCUAUAUUACUAGUUUACUCUGAGGUCCAAAUUGAUUUCUCUAGGCCCUGACUAAUCUGUGUAAUUGUUGGCAGUGUGGUGCUAAUGUAUGAUGCACAGCAUUUACAGAUUGACAGGUACCCUGGGAUGGAAACCAACUGCUGAAUUGUUUUUUCCAGUAAGACGUGGAAAUUUGUGUGUCUUAAUAAUCCAUUAAACAUUUGAAGUCAAACUGUAUGUUUCCUUUAAAUGUCUUCUUCUUAAAUGAUAGUUCUGUAAAAACAAUAUUGUUUAGUUAACAUACUACUAAUAAUAAAAAUGAAAAUCAUGAU